CCAACCUAUUCACAUUUUGUAUUGUGUAUUAAUUUCUGCCUUUUCUUCAAUUCUUCCACACACCUUCUCUAUCUUUGUCAAUGGACUCUAACCAAACCCAAUGGGGUUCUAAGGCAUGGCAUCUUCUCUCUCUGGUUCGUGCUCAAUCCCCUCUCAUCCAAUGCAUCACCAACUUCGUCUCCAUGGACAUCGUCGCCAACACCCUCCUCUCCGCCGGCGCCUCCCCCGCCAUGCUCCACGCCGUCGAGGAGCUCCCUGACUUCACUCCCCGCGCCGCCGCCCUCUACGUCAACGUCGGCACUCUCUCCCCCUCCUGGCUUCCCGCCAUGACGACCGCCGCCCAAAUCUGCAACACGGUCCACACGCCCUGGGUCCUGGACCCCGUCGCCGCCUCGGCCUCCGCCUUCCGCUUCGAAGCCUGCCGGGAACUGCUCCGUCUCAAGCCCACCGUCGUCAGAGGAAACGCCUCUGAGAUCAUCGCGCUCUCACUCGCUUCCGCGGAACCGAACGCCAGUGCUUCCAAGGGUGUGGACAGUGUUCACGAUUCAAUGGAUGCAGUUGAAGCAGCAAAGCUCUUAGCUCAGACAAGUGGUGCCGUAGUUGCAGUGUCAGGAGCCACUGACAUUGUGACGGAUGGAAUUCGAGUUGUUGGUGCUCACAAUGGGGUGGCCAUGAUGCAGAAAGUAACAGCAACUGGGUGUUCAGUCACUGCACUGAUUGCUGCCUUUGUUGCUGUUGACAAGAGUCAUGCUUUGGAUGCGGCAGUGUCAGCAUUAGCAGUAUUUGGCGUCGCUGGUGAGCUAGGAAUGAAGAUGGCCAAAGGUCCAGCAUCGUUGCGAAUGCACUUGAUCGAUGCACUCUAUGGACUUGAUGAAGCUGCCUUGAAUUCUCAUGUUAAUAUCACCAGUCUGUGUUAAAAAUAUGAAGAUCCUGCAUGCGAAAUGCUUAUGUUGACACCAUACAAUGCUAAUGCCUUUAGAACACAAUGAUAGCUUAUUACUGAUUUGCUUCAUUUUUUAGUUUUACUUGUAAACUGCCAUUGACUGAGUUUGAGGCAUUUAUUGCUACUGCUUGUAUUAAAAAAUAAAAAUCCGACCACAAAUACUUAAAGCGCCAUAGUGUAUCAUUUUCUGUAAAAAAAAAAAAGAAGAAAAAGCAAAUCAGCAUAUCUUUUCUUGGGAACACAACUAGGAUUUCAAAUACAUUCUGCAAACGGUAUCAAACUGACAAUAUACAAGACCAAUCUCAGUCAUCAGUGAUCAAACAGCACCCAGUUUUAGUAUUUCAAAUAGACAGUGAUCCUCAGCAGCGUCUCUGCACCAUCAGUGGAAAUCUGUCCCGGUGGGAUAAGAGCUCUCAGUUCUGCAAAACCCCUUGCAUUCUUGUACUUCCCUGUGCCCCCUAGCACAGAUAUUCUUGACAUGGUGCUUCCUAUCUUAUACAGGCCAUAAAAGUUCAAGCUAUCACCAUAUUCCCCUCCUUCAAACAGGGCUGUAAAAACCAUCAUCUGUCUAGUCCCAUCAGCUGAACUUGCCACAUAUACUCCUUGAGCCUUCCCAACUAGUUGGGACCCUCCUUCAGGUUGAGAGGUCAGCAUAUCAUCAAUGACAGUAAUUGUACCAAAGCCUAGUCCCAGUCCAUCAGGUCCUAACUGCAGCUGGGCAAUGUUUUGGUUGUUGUUGUUGUUGUUACCUGAGUUUGGUGCAAAUGAAGUACCGGCCAAUCCAGUUCCUAGUGGAAUACCAAAAACUCCAUUGACAGUGGGGUUAGCACCGUUGGCAUUGGGGAUGGGAAUCGCACCUUGAGGUGUGUUGAAUCCUACUGGCGUUGCAAACGGUACUUGACCACUGUAUAUGCUUCCCAGCAAGCCGGUCACUGGUCGAGCUGUUGGG